AUGUGCAUCGAGCCAGCCGCGGCCGCCGCUCUACCGGUAUGGGAACGUUUCGUAUCAUCUAGUGCUCCUUGUAUGGUACAAGCGAUUCUGGGCGCUGUAGCCGGACUGACAGCGUUCGAGUACUUCGCACCUCUAGCUGACGCCGCCGUCAGGACUCAUCUCGCGCAAGGUGGUACCUGGGGCACUGUGUGCGGGCGGUGGCGCGCGUGCGUGUGGGCGGACCCGUCGCCGCUGUGUGCGCGCGCGCGCCUGCACGCCGCGUACGCCGCGCACGCGCACGCGCACUGCGACGCGCACCACUUGCGCGCCGCCUUCCUGGCGCUCGUCGCCACGGAUAUAGACUUGUGAGUAUUUAAUAGGGGUGUAGACGACAUUUUUAUGUGUUUUUUUUAUAGAUAUACAUUGAAUAUAUCAAUAAAAUAUAUAUAUGAAAACGAUCGACAUUCUUAUAAUGAGUUAAAAUCUGAAAAAGUUCAUUUUUAAAAUUUUCCGCGAAAACGCCAUGUGUGUAAUGGCCUCACGAUCCACGAAAAUUCUCUAAGUUCUGAUAUAAGAAGGGCGUGACGUCACGCGGUGUUUGCAGAUGUAUAAAAUGUUUGGUUUUCAGAAUUAUUUUAAGCAUAUUUAUAACUAUACUGAGCUAAAAAGUGUGAUUAUUGGUAAUAGUAUAUUAAACACUACCAGAACAAAAAUAAUAUGUAUUUAAUUUCGUUUACUGUCUAACCCCGUAUUCAAUCAGGCAUUAUUUGACGAAAAUUCAUUCUUACCAUUGUGAAACUACUACUUGUAAUAAUUAACAGAACACCUAUCAUAUUUUCUAUUUCUCUUAAAAAUUAAUUUCAAUACCAAAGUCAGCUAAAUAGUCUUAUAGGAUAUUUGAUGUUACAAUCCCACGUAAAAUUCGGGAGUCGAGCCCGAUAUUAACGUUCAAUUUAGACAGCACAAAACGAUUAAUAUUCGUUAGAAAUGCUGCUCAAAGUAACUCACCACGCGGACGAAGUCGCGAGCAAAAGCUGGUAUAUCUAUAUAUAUAUUCGGAUUGAUCAUCCAUAAUUAGCUAUAAGUAACUAUCGUGGGCGUAUGUGGGGAUGUGUCUGAUCAAAUAAUAACACUAGGAUAAUGCUUUCACAAAUCUUCUAAUUACAAUCCAAAACAAUUAUAACUUCUUUCACUAUAAUUAGAAUUACUUAAAUUAGUUUUAAUGUCCACAACGAAAUGCGAGACAGUCUCAACGCACUCACAGCCCGCCAAACAUGCUUUAUGUUUUUUUUACUUUUCUUCGAUAACAAACAGGUCAUAGACUGGACUGACAUAGACCCGCGUCCAUCAUUUUGGCGCGAAGCUUUAUUACCAGCACUGUGAAGCGUAGAUUCCGUCAAACGCCGAUAGAUGGCGUUGGCAUUCCGAUUUAAAAAUCGACUCGAUGACGACAUAUAUAUGUUCAUUCAGUAAGAAGAACGAAGCCAUAGUAGCAGUGUGGAUAUGCGCGGCGUCCCGCGCUGCCCGCAGCUGCGGCCCCGGCGGGGAGGGGGCGGAGUGCCGCAGCGCCGCGGGGGGGCUGCUGCGCCGCUGGGGGGGCGCGCCCCGCGGCCUCAUGCGUCUGGUGCUGCCCUCUGCGGCCGGGCCCACCACACAGUCAGUACCCAUUCGUUCAUAGCAAUAGUAUUACGAGCUAGACUUCGGGAUGAAUAAUAACGCCGAUUUAAUAGGGUAUGACAACCGGGUAAAACAACAGAGUUUCACGGACUAAUUAGAUUUUUUAUGCGUUUUUUAUUGAGAAUAUUUUUCACUAUAGCAUUGAAAACAAUAAUUUUUCAUCCUCCCUAUUCAUAAUCUGACGUCAUUUUCUUCAUAAAAAUCACAAAAACAACCCAACAACAAAAUACACACUUACAUUCACUGUAACAAUAAACAAUCGCUUACAGGUUCGCUUGUAUUUGCUCUCGUUUUCAGUUCAUUUGAUCACUGAAAGAAUGCCGCGACAGAUAGACCACCGCGUUUAUAUUGGGGUCGAAGUAAACUUUACAAGAUCUAGAAUGCGAAGUGCUAGCGCGGUUCAAAUGACACGUAGCGCCAUCUAGUAACGAGCAAAUGAAACGUAACGCUAUAAUAAUAAUGAUUUAUUAAAUAAUUACUUUUACCACUAGUCAUGUCCACAAGAAUAUUUAACAAACUUCCAAGUGCAAUUAAAAGUAUAACCCAAGAAAAAGGCUUCAUAGAACAAGUUAAGAAUUUGUUAGUGACAAAACAUUACUAUACAAUUAAUGAAUAUUUAACAGAUACAUUUAAUUAACUAAAUAAACAAUAUCAAUCAUUUAAUUAUGUAAAAGAUAAUAAAAAACAAUUAAUAUUUAAAAAUAGUAUCAACCUAUAUUUGGGAUUUUAGAAUUCAAUUACAUAUGAACGUAGAUUAUAUAUUUUUUUCUUAUAAAUAUGUGUCCUCUACUCUCCUAAUUGUCGUGCCCGACGGGGUCCAUGAUGAUACAUUUCCUCUUUGUAACACCUUUGUUAUACAUUAUGGAGUGCAAUAAAGAAAUUGAAAUACAUUAGUCGUCUUGAGACCAUUCCAAGUAAAUAGAAUUUUACUUGUGUCAGGGGUGCCUCGCUCAUUUCCGUUAUAUAUUAAACUACAUCACAUUUAGGCAUCGCUUACUCUGCCUACUCGGUCAAUGUAUACUUUCACCGGACAAUGAGAAUGUCGUACGCGCGUACGAGUCUACGUGCGCGACCGUGUUAGGGUCCAAUAGUGAUGUGAUCACGUGGGGCAGGAACCCGUAUCCUAAACGAUUGCCCCGGCUGGCGAUUAGAUUGUUCCCAUCUGAAGAGAAGUAUUUUGAUCACGAAAUGAAUUUGGCUCCGGAAGACACGUAA